CUAUCAUCUCGAAUCCAUUUCCGGUGCUGAGUUCUGAAGAAAAACAAAUCCACGUUUUGUGAAAUCUGAGUUAAUUAAGUUUGAUAACGUCUAAAUCUUACAUAAUAAUUCUAAUCUAAAUAUGGACAGUGAUAGCCCAUCUUCUGAACACGGUUUUAGUUUGAUAUCAUCUAACGCUAAACGUACAAGAAAAAGGAAAGUGGAAGGCAAAGACAAUGUGAGAAAAACUCGGAAAAAGAAGCAUAAAACUGAUUCGGAUGAGAAAACAAAAAAGGUCGGCGACGAUCCAGCAAAAUUAGAUUUUGAAGAAGCGAAAGAUACUGAAUCAAACUCAGAACAUGACAAUGAAGAAGUGACGGAUGAGUUUGCUUCAAUCAAAGAAGAAUUGUCAAAUUUAUCAUUUGAAGAAUUAAAGAAAUUAAAGGAAAAACUGGGCCUGAAAGUAUUCAACCAAGUUUUGUACGGUGAUAAAGAUAGGAAGGGUUCCGAGAAAAAAGUCUUCAAAAGGGCUAAUAAAAAUCGACCGAUGGAAAUAUCGUCAAAGAAACCAGUACCAAGAUUCAGGAAAGCAGCACCCGUAAAGAAAAAAGUUACCAGAGACCCUAGAUUUGAUGAUCUUUCCGGUGAUUAUAGAGAGGAACUCUUCAGUAGAAGUUAUGGGUUCCUCGAUGACAUAAAGCACAGAGAAAGGGAGAAAGUUGAAAAAUCUGUAAAGAAGGAAAAAAAUCCUGAAAAGAAAAAAGAACUCCAGUUUUUACUGAACAGAAUGAAACAGCAAGAACUUAGUGACAACAAAAAAGAACAACAGAAAAGGAUUGAAAGAGAUUGGAAGAAGAAGGAACAGACCCGUGUCAAGGAGGGCAAGAAUCCAUUCUACCUCAAAAAGGCUGAGAGGCGUAAACUAGAGUUGGCUGAGAAAUAUAAGGAGCUACAGAAAUCUGGUAAGGUGGAUGCCUACCUUGGAAAGAAGAGGAAAAAGACUGCACAAAAGGAGAAGAAAAAAUUGCCUGUUCAAGUACCUUAGUUAAUAAAAUUUAUACUGUAAAA